UAACCGCUAGCCAGAACCAACCGAGAGAUAGAAAAGAGUAGUCCAACCCUACACUCUUUUCCUUCCAAACAGAUCAACUGAUUGCUGCUAUAUAUCUAUUAAAAAAACCACAAUCCAAAACAAAAACAUAUUUGUUUAGAUCCAAAAAUGUGUUGCGGUGGUAGAAUUUGCAUGUUGUGCACAUGCGUUGUACUAAUUGUGGUUGCGAUCGGUUUCUUGUUUGGAUUUGGAGUAUUCAAGAAUGGUUUUCACAAAUUGAAGGACAGUAUUCAUGUUGUUGAUUGUCUUAAUGCUCUCUGUUCCUCCCCUACUGGUCGAAGGCCCUUUUUGGGUUUCCCCCCUGCUCCUUCACCAUCCUAUUAAUUACUACUCCAUCUCGUUUUGCGAUGUUUAAAAUAAGAUGGGGUUGUAUGGUUUUAGAAUUUCUGACCAUUGUUUGAUUUGUUCAUACUACUACUCCAUUAGUUAAAUGUUCAUCUUGCUUUUACUUUGAUGUUCAAA